AUGACAAUGCCAACACAAUUCCAAGUAAUUCAUCCUCCAGCUCAGAACCAAAUGCCCGGAGCCCAUAUGCAUACGCCUCCUUCAAUAUUUGAACAUAUGAUGGGCCAACAAAAUGCGCCUCAUGAGCCAGGUUCUUGGUCGCAGAUGCCUCAGAUACCACCGAUGUACAUGCCAUGGAGUAUUCCAAGUAUGCAGCAAUCCCAAAUGAUGAGAUUUACUGGAGAAAAACCAUCAUUUGUUCCUCCUGCUCCUGCUCCUGUCCAUCAAAAGAGAAAACUUGAUAUUCCUGAUAUUCCUGAAACAAGACCAACUAAACAAUUUAUAUCAGAAGAAAAAAUGGCAGCACACUUCAGAAAUAUGCAUAUAAGUUCUAAUUACAAUCCAAUACCAUCGUGUUCAUCCUCAACAGACUACAAUGUUCAGCCAUCAACUAGCAGUCAAGUCGACCUAAAUGUCGAAAGCAGUACAUUGAAUGUAGAAAAUAGUAAAAGUAUGCAUCCAAGACUGGUGAUAUCUGAGGAGCUUAGACGAAUUCAACAAGAACCAUUAAUUCCUACUUCACUGCUAUCUAAAUUCUUUGAUUGCAGGGAGCGACCGUCCAUGGCUUUGGUUCUUUGGGAACCUCCAAGUAAACAUCUGAGAACAUUUAUCACCCAAGCCGGAAUACAACUGCCGCCUACUAGUGCUAACAGUAACGAAGAAGAUAACAACAACAAUAGUAAUAACAACAACAAUAAUAAUAACAAUUACAAUAAUCUUAAUCUUAAUAAUAAUAAUAACAACAACAACAGUCAAUCAAUGCCGAAUUUGAACCAGCCAUUGGAACCGGGUAAUCUGGAAUUAGAACCUAUGGAUCUUUAA